AUAGAAGAGAAAAGUAGGUCAUAUACCGCUGCUGUAAAUUAUCGUCUGUGUUAGAUCGCCUUUACAUGUGGUUUCUUACCUUUCCCACGGUCUAACACCUGCUAUCGUGUCCUAGAGGAGGUAAACGCGGGAUUGAAACCAGGAAGCCCAUCUCUCCAGUUCAUGCUCAGAGCGGAGGGGCCGCGAGCGGAUGGAGUGACGCGCUUCGAGGACGGCCGUCUGAAUGAGCGCUUGUGAUGAUCUAAUGGCAGACCAAAGAAUGGACAUUUCUUCAACGAUGAACGAGUUCAUGUCGCCCGGCUCCACGGACCUGAUCAGCAGCUCCAUCAGCACGCCUGGCAUGGACUACACCCGCAAGAGGAAGGGCAGCUCGGCCGACUACCAAAUUGAUGGAUUUUCUUUUGAGGAUAGCAUGGACACAGACACAGAUAAACAACUGGGAAGGGAGUGUCCAGACCAACAAGGCCGGAUUAAGAAUGCCAGGGAGGCUCACAGCCAGAUCGAGAAGAGGCGCCGGGACAAGAUGAACAGCUUCAUCGACGAGCUGGCCUCGUUAGUGCCUACCUGCAACGCCAUGUCCCGCAAGCUGGACAAGCUCACGGUGCUGCGCAUGGCCGUCCAGCACAUGAAGACGUUACGAGGUGCUGCAAACCCUUACACUGAGGCAAACUACAAACCAGCGUUCCUCUCAGACGAUGAACUGAAGCACUUAAUACUGAGGGCCGCGGAUGGAUUUCUGUUUGUCGUGGGCUGCGAUCGUGGGAAGAUCCUCUUCGUGUCAGAGUCUGUUUACAAAAUCCUCAACUAUAGCCAAAAUGACCUGAUUGGCCAGAGUCUGUUUGACUACCUGCAUCCAAAAGACAUUGCCAAAGUGAAGGAGCAGCUGUCGUCGUCGGACACGGCGCCGCGGGAACGACUCAUCGAUGCCAAAACUGGCCUGCCGGUGAAGACAGACAUCGCCCCCGGCCCGUCCCGCCUCUGCUCCGGGGCCCGGCGCUCCUUCUUCUGCAGGAUGAAGUGCAACCGGCCCUCGGUGAAGAUGGAGGACAAGGACUUCCCCUCCACCUGCUCCAAAAAGAAAGCCGACCGCAAGAGCUUCUGCACCAUCCACAGCACCGGCUACCUGAAGAGCUGGCCUCCCACCAAGAUGGGCCUGGAUGAGGACAACGAGCCGGACAACGAGGGCUGCAACCUCAGCUGCCUGGUGGCCAUCGGCCGCCUGCACCCCCACAUCGUCCCCCAGCCCAUGAACGGGGACAUCCGCGUCAAGCCCACCGAGUACGUCUCGCGCCACGCCAUCGACGGCAAGUUCGUCUUCGUGGACCAGAGGGCCACUGCAAUCCUUGCCUAUUUACCCCAAGAGCUGCUGGGCACAUCCAUCUAUGAGUAUUUCCACCAGGAUGACAUUGGACACCUAGCAGAAUGCCACAGACAAGUUCUGCAGAUGAGGGAGAAGAUCAACACCAACUGUUACAAGUUUAAGGUGAAGGACGGCUCUUUCAUCACCCUGCGGAGCCGCUGGUUCAGCUUCAUGAACCCCUGGACCAAAGAGGUGGAGUACAUCGUCUCCACCAAUACUGUUGUCUCGGGCAGUGCGCUUGACGGAGCGGACCCCAGCUACCCGCAGCUCGCCGCCUCCCCCCAGAGCAUGGACAGCGUCCUGACCGCUGGCGACGGAACAGGGAAACGGGCUCUUCAGACCGUGCCUGGCAUCCCAGGGGGCACGCGGGCGGGAGCGGGGAAGAUCGGCCGCAUGAUCGCCGAGGAGGUGAUGGAGAUCCAGAGGAUCCGAGGUUCGUCCCCUUCCAGCUGCGGCUCCAGCCCCCUCAACAUCACCAGCACCCCCCCUCCAGACACCUCCUCCCCAGGAGGGAAGAAGAUUCAAAAUGGCGGAACCCCAGACAUUCCUUCAGCGGGGAUAAUCCCAGGACCAGACUCCAUCGGGUAUCCGUACUCCAAUAACUCCAUCAUGAGCGAUAACUCUCACCUCAGUAUCAACAUCAUGGACGAGCCUGGCUCCAGCAGCCCCAGCAACGACGAGGCAGCCAUGGCCGUCAUCAUGAGCCUGCUGGAGGCUGAUGCCGGCCUGGGCGGCCCGGUGGACUUCAGCGACCUGCCCUGGCCCUUGUGAGAGCCCGGCGGGCCUGGCCGGCACCACCGGGCGGGGAGCAACACAAGGAGGCGCGCUUUUUAUGUGGCUGCGACCCUCACAGCCAAACAGCCACACAGACAGGACCCAGGCCAGUCCUGCAGCUGCAGCCCAAGGCCAUGACGACCCCUGCAAAGGAUUCUGGGAUCAGUUAGCACUUACGGCCAUCUCUAAGUGGUUGAGAUGGUCAAACUGCUUCCAUCACCCAUGAGUAGUAAAAAGUUCCAUUUCUUUGGGGUUUCUGUCCACGCACCACACACUUGGCAUAUUUUUUCUGAUCACCGUGUAUGUUUUAGUGUUUUGGUAUUUUUACACUACGGGAGUUUCCAUGUUGAAUAUUUCCAACGAGACUUGUAUCAUAAAUCUUGUUUAUUCUACUGUGCAAGAAAUCUUUUAUCUAAAUAUAUGGUUAAAGUGUAUUGUAUCGGCUUUGGGAUAUUUUUAAACUAGAAUGUAUGUUUAUCUUGCCUUUCGGCGUACUGCUUACCUCGCAAAACUCGUGUUUCCCUGUUUGGUUUGUUUGGAAAAUGGCAAACAUCACAACUAGAAGGGAGUUGUAUAAUUUGAGGAUGCAAGCUGAAACGUAUUUAAGCUUGACAAGAAUUGAAUGUUAUGGAUGUACAAAAUGAGUGGUAAGA